UUUCUUGUGGUUCUUACAAGUUUCCUAUCAUUCAAUUUACUUUUCUAUCAAGUAUUUGGCGUUCUACUAAAUAGGUGUUUAAUCAUAAUCAUGAAGAUCUUAUUCUUUUGUAUUAUUCUGUUGUCAGCUACGAUGGGAGUUAUCCAAAGGAGGAACUCUAUUAAUAUUGAAAUCAAUCGUCAUCACCAUGUUAACAUGAUCAAUGGCCCUGACAAUAAUCCUGUGGCAAACACUAAAUCACCUAAGACAAUUUACGGAGUUGAGAAAAAUAUUUUUGAAUUUGAUUUGCGUGGCAAUAAUAGGAGAGAUCGUCCACCGCAUAUUAAUAUUUACUACAAACCUGGAGUUACUAAUAGGGAAAACCCUGCACCGCAUAUUCAUAUUUACUGCCCAUGUGGAGUUGAUGGCCCCGAAAAAAAUAAGGUACCACCGACUUUCGAUUUUUACAUCGGUGGUGAAACCCAAGUCAGCCAACACCAAGACCCUUUAAAUAAUAGUAGGGCAAACAGUGAAUCACCUACGAAUACUUACGGAGUUGAGGAAAACAUUUUUGAAUUUGAUUUGCGUGGCAAUAAUAAUAGAGACCAAGCACCGCAUAUUCAUAUUUACUACCAAUCUGUGGUUUAUGGCACCGGCAAUAAUAAGGGAAAGAGUCCACUGCUUAUUAAUAUUUACUACCAACCUGGAGUUCUUGGCCCCGAAAAUAAUAGAAAUCCGCAAGCACCACCACUUGGACCAUCUGUAGACCACUGGAAUAAUUAUAUGAAUAAUGUUAAUACUAACUUUCCAAGUCAACCUUGGGCAAACCCUUUCUACAAUAGUAGGAACAACACUGAACAGCCUGCGAAUAGUUACGGAAUGGCUGGCAACGACAAUAUUAGAAAUCCGCUAUCACCACCACUUGGACCAUCUGGAGAACGCUGGAAUAAUAAUAAUCCUAACUUUCCAAUGGGAAACUAUAGACCGUCAUCUAGUUGGUAUAAUGGACCACCAUUACCAGUACAUGGAGCAAAUGAUCCAGACUACGUUAAUUAUAUAAAUACUGUUUAUCCAAAUAGUAACUUUCCAAUGGGAAACUAUGGACCGUCAACUAAUUCGUACUACGGAUCAGGAUUUGGUGGCACCGUUAACAAUAGAGCACGCGAUGAAAUCCCGACGCCUCAGCAACAACCGGCGCCCACGACCAUCUCGACGAGAGGUAGACGACCACGUGGCGUGGCUCCGCAGGACGGCGGAGGAAGCUUUGCUAGCGGUAGCCCGCCUAAUCCGAGUAGUGAAGCUGCGGGAGCUGCGAGCCAAGGGACAACUGGGCGCCGCCUACGACCGCGGUAUCACGGACGGGUUAGUCGCGACCAGAGCGGGGAGGGACCUUCCUCUGCAAGUGCGGAGACAACGGUCUCAGGGGCAAAACCACCGAAGAGAAAGGCGCCAGCCGGCACAGGACCGGGCAAGACGGUCCAACCACUGCCAGAACGUGAGGGACAACAGGAGCCGUUUCCGACCGCGCGCAGGACAAGGGCAGCUUCCUCGACCGGACAACCCAGCCAUGGAACCAGCCAGGGAGGUGGACGAGGUAGGGGUUCGGGAAGCAGCCGGCGUCCAGUUCCUACAGCCAAACGUGGUAGUUAGGGACCACCUGGAGGUG